CAAACCAAGCAGUCCUAGUGAUCUUAAGAUAUGGCAAGAGUUGCUCUUCCUCACUUAGUACUUAUUAUACUUCUCUCCAUGGAAGCCCCUCUAGCACAGCCCACAGCCAGCACGAAGCCACUGGCUGCAGCCUCUGACUCGACCGACUUCAUUGAGGUCUCGUGCAGGUCCACCCGCUACCCUCCCCUAUGUGUCCAGUGCCUGUCGAGUUAUGCGCGUGUGAUUCGACAGAAUGAGCAGGCCCUGGCCAGAGUGGCCCUUUCGGUGACCCUAUCUCGGGCCAGGCAGGCAAUGGCCUUUGUGGCUAGGAUGAGGGACACUCGAGGCAUCAGGCCGAGGGAGAAUGGUGCCGUGAGGGACUGUGUUGCCAACCUUGGCAGCAGCGUGGACCGCCUUGUCCAGUCCAUCAUUGAGAUGGACCAGAUGAACAAGGCUGCCCCCGGCGACGACUUUGAGUGGCACGUCAGUAACCUGGAAACUUGGGUCAGCGGGGCACUCACCAAUGCGAACACCUGCCUCGAUGGGUUUGCUGGCCGGGCUAUGGACGGGAAUAUCAAGACCACGGUGAGGUCUAAGGUGCUGGAUCUUGCUCAAGUCAUGAGCAACACGCUUGCUCUCAUGGAUCGGUUUGCAGCAAGGCAUAGGCGAUCCUCGCAUGGACGACACCCUUAGAAUAUGGAGUCCAAUGGCAAAAUUAAGGUCUUCUUUGAUAUAACGUGCUUUCUGUUUGUAAAUGUAAUGUGGUAGGGAUAUGAUGCGUGAGGUCGAUGUAGUUUUGGUGCUUCAAGAUGCUAAAAGUGGUAAUAGUUUUGUUCAAGUAGGGAAGUGAGUUAACGUCAUAUAUACAUCAAACUAAAAUGUAUU